AUGGACUACUGUGCAUAUGCCCGUUACGCGUUUGACGAUACCAACCUGACGGAGAAGACGGCCCGCUCGCGCGGUGCCUACCUCCGCGUGCACUUCAAGAACACGCGCGAGACUGCUGCCGCUGUCAGCGGCAUGAACCUCCAGAAGGCGCUUGUCUACCUCGACAACGUCGCGGAGAAGAGGCAGAUCAUUCCCUUCCGCCGCUUCAACGGUGGUGUCGGCCGCCACGCCCAGGCGAAGGAGUUCAAGACCACCCAGGGUCGCUGGCCCGUCAAGUCGGUCAAGUUCCUCCGCACCCUGCUGAAGAACGCUGAGGCGAACGCUGACGCCAAGGGUCUCGACACCGAGGCCGUUGUCAUCCGCAACAUUGUGGUGCAGCAGGCCCCCAAGACCUACCGCCGCACCUACCGGGCGCACGGUCGCAUUAACCCCUACAAGGGCCACCCGUGCCACAUCGAGAUCCACCUUUCGGAGCCUGCCGAGCAGGUCCCCAAGGCGGUCUCGGCUGCUGGUCCUCGCCUGAACUCGCGCCAGCUCGCCAAGAAGCGCGUUGCCAACCAGCGCGCCAUUCGUGCUGCCCCGGCGCAGUCGGCCUAA